CAGACAAACAAGUCGACUAGUCAGUCGUUAAUUCUUUUAUUAGCUUGAACACAUACUUACUAAAAAUGAUUUUUUUAGCAUUCGUGCUUAUCGGUAUUGUGUUACUGUAUUUAUAUAAUGUGAGAACUUUCAAUUAUUGGACGAAAAGAGGAGUGAAACACGUCACGCCUAUGGUUUUUGUUGGAUCGACAUUAGAUGUAUAUUUACAGAAAAAAAGUGUUACGCAAUUAUGCGCAGAGAUAUACGUCAAUCAUCCCAAGGAAAAGAUAGUAGGAAUGUUUUGGUCAACGAAGCCAGUACUAGUCAUAAGGGACCCCAAUAUUAUUAAAAGCAUUUUGAUAGCCGAUUUCUACCAUUUUUACAAACGUGGUGUUAUGCCCGGGAAUACUUUAGAACCAUUACUUCGCAAUCUAUUCUUUGCUGAAGGUGACUUGUGGCGUUUGCUGAGACAAAGGUUAACUCCAGCGUUUACCAGUGGCAAAUUGAAAGCUAUGUUUCCACUAAUAACAGAAAGAGCUGAAAAUUUGCGAACUCGAACUUUGAAUGCCGCUCUCGAAGGGCGCGCACUAGACGCUCGUGACCUCAUGGCAAGAUACACUACAGAUUUCAUAGGAGCAUGCGGAUUCGGGCUCGAUGCCAACUCUUUAAAUGAUGAAGACUCUGCAUUUAGAAAACUUGGUGCUGAUAUCUUCCACUUUGGUUUGAGAGAAAAUCUGAAACUGUUAAUAAAAGAUAUGUUCCCUAAUUUCACAGACAAUAUAAAAUUUUUUGAUCGUCUUGAAGACAAAAUAAUUGAUCUUGUUAUUGAUAUUCAAAAGCAGAGAAAUUAUCAACCUUCAAAACGAAAUGAUUUUAUUGAUUUAAUGUUGGAGUGUAAGAAAAAAGGAAAAAUUGUUGGAGAUUCUAUUGAAAAUUUCAAUAAAAAUGGAUCACCAAAAGGAGCUGAAGUAGAUUUAGAUGAUGUAAUAAUGGCGGCACAAGUAUUUGUAUUCUUCGCUGCCGGAUUUGAAACCUCUUCGUCAGCUACUAGUUAUACAUUACAUCAGCUCGCAUAUUAUCCGGAGGUACAAAAAAAAGUGCAAAAAGAAAUUGAUACUGUAUUGACUAAAUAUGAUGAUAAAUUAAGUUACGAUGCUAUUAAAGAGAUGACAUAUUUGGAAUGGACAUUCAAAGAGGCUUUAAGGUUAUUUCCGUCUCUAGGCUUUUUAAUCAGAACUUGUGUGAAACCAUACACUAUUCCUGAAGUAAAUGUACCAAUAGACAAAGAAGUAAGAGUUAUUAUUCCGGUGCAAGCUCUUCAUACUGACCCUCAGUAUUGGAACAAACCAGACGAGUUCCGGCCUGAAAGAUUCCACCCAGAUGAAUUCAAUGAUGUAGCAAAAUCUAUCUACAUGCCUUUUGGUGAAGGGCCGCGUUCGUGCAUUGGCGAGCGUCUUGGUCUGAUGCAGUCCCUGGCCGGCCUCGCUGCGGUGCUGUCUCGCUUCACUGUGGAACCUGCGCCGGAGACCAAGAGAUACCCUUCAGUGGAGACCAGAGCUGAUAUCGUGCAAGCCAUUGAUGGAGGACUUCCACUUAUGUUCCGGCAAAGAAAGAAACAAUAAAUUAUAUUUUACAUGA